AUGGAUUCCAAAGGUGGUCAAAACAUUUCAGCAAGCAACUUAGCAUCUUCACCUCUUAUAGAGGAAAAUGGUGUUGUGUAUAUUGCUAUCAAGGGCUCCUUACAUGCAAAUGAUUGUUCUGUAUUUGGUUUAGGACAAGAAGAGAUAAAAGCCUUGACAAAAAAAUAUCCAGGUUCAGGUGUUGUAGUUAACGGGAUUGCUAUUAAAACAAAUGUGUUAGAUGCUUUGAAUUCUUUAAGUCAAUUGGGAUAUAAAAUUAUCUCGAGCACCGGUGAGACGGAGAUAACUUGGACCAUGCAACGUGAAAUAUAAAGUAUUUAUAAAUGUUUAAUGUUUUAAUUUUAAGUAA